AACGCUAGCUAUGUGCCACUCGCGCAACCAUCUCCACACCAUGACUGGCUUGAGGGCCCCAGCUCCCGCACCCUCCACCGGCCCGGAACUCCGGCGGGGCUCCGGUCCCGAGAUUUUCACCUUCGACCCUCUCCCGGAGCCGGCGGGAGCGGCCACCGCGCGUCUCAACACUUCUCGCGGACACCGAAAACGCAGCCGGAAGGUGCUCUACCCUCGAGUGGUCCGGCGCCAGCUGCCAACCGAGGAACCCAACAUGGCCAAGAGGGUCCUCUUUGUCCUGCUCACCAUCAUCUUCUGCCAGAUCUUGAUGGCUGAAGAGGGUGUGUCGCAGCCCCUGGCUCUUGAGGAUGCUGCCAGCUCCACGUCACCGGAGCCCAUCCCUGUGCCCAUCAUUGCGCCCCGGGUCCUCGAGCCCUUGAAUCUGACCUCCGAGUCCUCGGACUAUGCCCUGGACCUUAAAGCUUUCCUUCAGCAGCACCCAGCGGCCUUCUGACAGCGACGGGUCACAGUUCGGGAAA